AGAAAAUCUUCAAAGUCGAGUUUCAGACCAAUCGCAGGCUCGAGCGGCAAAAAAACUCAUUCAAAGACUCCUACCCGAUAUCAAGGCUCAGCUUUUCGUCAUUCAUGUGAAUCGAGCCCUAAAAAAUCUCAACAGGUCACUUUCAUUUAGGAUCGAUUUCUCAGACUGCUCUUGGGUUUUCGAAACCGCAUUAAUUUAGCCUUUCAUAAAGAUCGUAAUUGUACGUGCCCAGGUGUUACAUCCUUCUCAUAAAAAGUUUCUUUUGAGUUUCAUUGACAUGGAUAGGCACCAGCAUGCAGUGUAGUAUCUAGCUUCAAGAACCAGGUGGUUUUUUUCAUUGCAAGUAGUAUUUUCUCCCAAUUAGCGGCAAGGAUAUCGCGAUCCUGGAUAGUCAAAGUGACUCCAUGGUGGUUCGAGGAUCAUCGGGAGUGGCAGUUGUGUGGGGAAUUCAUCAAUACCUCAAGCAUGAAUGUCAAUGUCACGUGUCUUGGGAAUUUGAUCAACUGAACUUGCCUGAAGUCCUCCCCAAGGUGUCCAACUUGACCUUCAAAGCCAAGGAUGCAGUCAGGUUCUACCAAAAUGUCUGCAAUUAUGGCUAUGGUUUCGUGUGGUGGACCUGGAACGAUUGGGAGCGACACAUCGAUUGGAUGGCACUCAAUGGAUUCAACUUGGUGCUCGCUCAAUCUGGACAGGAGUUCGUCAUGCAGGAGACCCUAAUCAGAUUUCGUAUGAGCAAAAAAGAAGUUCACUCCUACUUUACGGGACCGGCUUUCUUGCCCUGGAAUCGAAUGGGCAAUCUCAGGGGCUGGGGUGGCCCUUUAACGGACACAUGGAUUCAAUCCGACCGCGUCAUGCAGCAUCGCAUUCUCGGAAGACUCCGAUCCUUGGGAGUAAUCCCCGUGACUCCCGCUUUCAACGGGAUCGUGCCUCCAUUACUGAUUGAGCGGCAUCUCAAUUCUUCCUUGUCUUUCGAUCGCUUGAGGGCUUGGGGUCAUUUCCCCGAAGAGUAUACAUCGUCCUACCUACUGAACCCAAUCGCUUCUCCGCUAUUUCGACGAAUCGGACUCACAUUUCAACAGAUCUACGAACGUGAAUACGGAACCGACCACUUCUUCUCCAUAGAUACGUUCAAUGAGCAAGCUCCGCCUAGCCUGGAUGUCACCUAUUUGCAGGCCUACGCUCGAGAGGCCUAUGGAGUUUUGUCAUCUUUUGAUCACUCUGCUCUUUGGGUGAUGCAAGGAUGGAUGUUUCGUGACCUCGACUACUGGACUGUGAUACGGACUGAAAGUUUCCUCCGAACGAUUCCCCUGGGUCGUGUUCUCAUUCUGGACUUGGCUUCGACCACGUCGCCUCAAUUUCAGCGCUUGAACUCGUACUUUGGACAACCUUUCAUUUACUGCAUGUUGCAUAAUUAUGGGGGCUACAUUGGAAUGUACGGCAAAGUGGAAACGCUCAAUCGCGAUCCCUUUAAUGCCCGACAUUCCUCACCAACCAUGGUGGGUUUGGGCCUGACCAACGAAGGAAUGUAUACUAGUUACGCUGUCUACGAUUUCUUUGUGGAAUUAACCUGGCGAUCCGACCCUCUGGAUUCAACUUCACAGUGGUUUGCCGAUUUCUCUCGACGACGUUACAGAUCGUUAUCGAUCGGCAAUAACUUCACCAUCGCCAUGGGAGCUUCAAGUCAAAACAACAAGUGUAAUCCGUCAGACCCCAGCUGCUUCGCCAUGGACGAAGCUCGAAUGAUGGCCUGGCAACUCCUCGCCACGUCGGUCUACAAUUGCUGCUCUCAUUUACAACCCGAGAAGUCUACCUUAGAUUGCGCUUCACUUGGGUCAACAAAUUCCAUGUCUUCCCCUUCUCACAUUGAAGAGAUGGUAGGGUUUGCUCAAGUCCGUCAGAGCAUCGACCCUCAAAAUGACGAUGAUGAUGAUUUCUGGGGUGGUGAGAACGGGACCAAUAAGGGGUUUCGAUUCCACGGCAAGACUUUGCUCACUCAAUUGCCCGGGGCGAAUUUGAAAUCAAAGCUAUGGUAUGAUGAGAGUCUCCUCAUUCAAGCUUGGGAUUUGUUCAUUUGGUCCAUACCUAAUGGUGGGGAAAUGUCCACUCAGGGUCCUUUGGCAUAUGAUGUAGUGGAUAACACCCGGCAGGUGCUGACGAACCUCCUGUUCAAGAAAUAUUCUCAGAUCAUGAAUGCCAUCUCCUCUUCGUGCCUUUACAACGCCGAGGAGAUCGACGACGGCGUUGUCAACUCCAGCUACUACGACAACCAUUACUUAAGCUACCACCAACUUCAUGAUUACAACCACCACCUGAGCUCUUUGGACAAUGAGAAGAGAAGAACGAGAGGAAGUCGCUCGUCCAAGCCUAGUUUGGAAGGAGGAGAUCGGGAAGGAGGAUCAAUGCUGCUUCAUGACUUCCCAAAAUUCGACCACCACAUACGGACCAGACCACAAGUACAUGGUUGUCGUCAAGUCGGCGAUCUUUACCGGACACAAGCUAGAAUCGCCCAGAUCAGACAACUCACUCGAGAUUUUCUCGCUUUAAUCUCGGAUAUUGACCGUCUUUUGGGAUCGAACGAAUUCUUUCUCCUUGGGCGAUGGUUGGAGAAGGCCAAAGCCAGAGCAGGUGGACAUGCAUACGAGGAGAUCCUCUUCGAGUUCAACGCCAGGAACCAGGUCACACUUUGGGGCCCAAAUGGGAAUAUCUUAGACUAUGCAGCCAAACAAUGGUCUGGAUUGAUUGGCUCCUACUACUUGCCAAGAUGGCGGCUCUAUUUCGAUCUUUUGCUCCUUCCUUUGCGCGGCAAACGAUGCUUCUUCAUAAAGCCCGCCAAGUUCAAAAAGAUUUUCUUGAGAAAAAUUGGUCGUCCGUUCACAUUCAGUCGGAGGAAGUUUCCUAUCGAACCUCGUGGAAACGCUUUCAUUAUUGCUAAGGAGCUCCAUACCAAAUAUCGGUUCAACUACAAUGAUAUUACCACAUACGAGGGAUCGAUUAAAUGAGAUAGCUUUGAUAUGUGUGCAAAAUAAGAUCGCUUGCCCGCCCAAAAAACGUUUUUU